AUGCCUUCUUCCAAUUUGUCGGCAGAUAAUCCCAAAUACCACAUUGCACGUGCUGUGCGGGUGGCGUCGAGCACAUCGUCGGUGGGGCGCAUAAGUGCAGACAAGUCAAAGUUCUGCAAGCGAUCUGGUAGUGCUAGCAGCGCCACGGAGGCGCGGAGUGCUGCGUCAGACGUCAUUGGUAGUGUGGGAAGGAAAAGGGUUGGUCUCUCCUCUUUAGACUCGACUCGCAUGAAAAAUAGCUCGGCAGACGACGCUACUCUCCGUAGCCAAACACGCCAGCCUUACUUUUCUCCCCCUCUUCACCCAAAACAGGUGAAGGAGUUUUUGGCUCGUAUGAGAGAGGACGAAGCCCGGUGUACCAAAAUGCAUGAAAAAGUUUGUGAGAGCAAGGGUAUCGCAUUUCACCCGACGAAACGGUUGAAUUGCCGGAGACGUUCAAGCAUGAUAGAGCAGCCAUGUAAUACUCCCCAGAGACGCCCAGUGAUAAGCUGUUCAUCAACGCCUUCACGCAAUGUACGCUCCCCCAUGUUGCGCCGAUCAAUGGGGCCAAAUGAAAUUUUUCGGCCGGAUCCUUUGCCGGUUCGGGGAAAAUCGCCCACACUCUAUGGGAAGAAAUCCGAUGUACAGCCACGUGCGGUGGCAACUGCCGCGGCGAAGAUUCCGGGCGCACGGGGAGACAAAAGAGGUGAAAAUGGAGCGGGAGGAGUGCCAAAAGAGGCGGCAGCGAGGCGGCAGCGUCCUGUCAUCUCUGUCAACUCGACAACGAGUGUCUCGAGAAACGGAGUCACUGCUACCGCCGCCAAUAAUCGGAGAGUCCAGCAAGGCAGAAGCACCACGCGGCAGCAAGUGAGGACCCAACAAUCGCCGUCUCAAGGCACACCGCUUCAUCAGGGUUUGCCUGGAGUUAGGCAACCUCCACGAAGAUCGCUCUCUGGGGUAAUUUCACCGAGUAGUGUUUCCCCAUGCUUGAAGAACUGCAGGACGGAGACGGCCCCGUACAUUGAAACCCCUGCCGGCGGAAAAUCGGAAGUGUGCUCACCGGUGAGACUCGUUUACGACGUAGUAGAUGACGGUUCGCUUGGUCUUGUCCGAUGA